UUUUUUUAAAGUAAGCUAUUAAUAAUCAUUUACCCCGAAGUAGUCAUAUGUCUCCACGUGCAUUUUAGAACAUGGCUUCGAAACUACUUGAUAUCGAAGUGGAUCAGGUUAAAUCCAGUGUAAAUGCACUGUUUAGCUUUUUAAAGAAGAAAAGAAAAAAUGAACUAUUUGAUGUUCCAGUGAAAAUAUUAAUGUCUUUCACCUUCAGAUCAAUUCCAAAAAUCAAGAACAAAGUUAUCAACCUGAAUGUCCCUCAUGGUUUAGGUUUUGAAAAUCAAUACAUCUGUCUCUUUGUGCCUGAUUUGAACAAGAGAGUACGAGAUUCUGACCCUACUGUUUUUCAUUACAAAGAACUUUUGGCCGAGAAGGAUAUAACAUGUAUUUCUGAGGUCAUUACUCUAAAGACCCUUUAUUUGGAAUAUAGGCCAUUUGAAGCUAAGAGGAAACUUUGCAAUAAAUUUGAUGUAUUUUUAGCUGAUAAAAGUGUAUUUGGACCAUUGCCUCGAAUAUUAGGAAGAGAUUUCUUCAGACGAAAACGAAUUCCUAUAAAAGUCGAUCUAAAAUCGAAUAAACUUAAGGAAGAAAUUAACAGUGCUGUCAAUGACAGUUUUUUAGUCAUAACUGGAAGAGGAUCUUGCUGCAUGGCACAUAUUGCCAAUUCUACUAUGACACAAACUGAAGUUAGUGACAAUAUUAUAGCUGCUGUUAACAGUCUUUGUCAAUCUAUUCCUGGGGGAGCUGAGAACAUACGAAAUAUCUACUUAAAGACUGAAGAUUCACCAUCCCUGCCAGUUUACUUAGCAGCAUUAGGUAAUGCUGACAUAGAUCCUGAGCAGGCACUCACUCAAACAGAGCCUGAACCAGAAGAAAUUACAUGGAAACUACGCUCAGAUGCAUAUGUGGAUGAUGAUAAAGAAAUAAUCCUCUGUAAUAAUGAUAAGAAGAGAAAAUUACUGUGGGGGAAUGAGGAUUUUUCAAAUGCGCCUUUUAAGAAACGCACAAAAGAGAAGAAGCAGAAAGCUACUGUAACUACAAGUAAACGCAAAAUACUAAAGAAGAAAAAAGCUCGUGAAAUAUGGAAGAAGAUAAAAAGUACAAAGCAAAAUAAAAAAAAUGUUACUUGAAAACUUUGUAGUUGAAGUUACUUAAGUAAAAGCAUUUGAAUACA